AGCUGUCAGAAGAUCAUCUAUUCCUCUUUUAAUCCCAAGUGUUAAUACGUUUUAAUUUGCCUUUUAUAGCUUCUUGUUUAAUUUUUUUCUUAUUGUUUAACAAAAUUAAUUACGAAAAAGUGAUAAUGAUGACCGAGGAACCAGUCCACACUUCAAUUCAACAAAACCUACCAACAACUGAGAAAUUUUUGGAUCUCAAUGACAAGAAAUUUAAAGGACCCAGAAAAACUCUCCGAAAGAAAAGGUAUAGCCGAGAUAAUGAAUUUAUUGAUUUUAAUCAACCUAAAUUGGUGAACGAUGAUCGAGUCUUUUACCGCUCAGCUCAAGAGAAAUCACCACCACCAUUGCAGAUGCAAUUCCAAUUUCAAAUACCACAACAGCAACACCAGACAUUCCAGCAACUUCAAUUACAACAGUUUCACUAUCAAUCACAACAGUUACAGUCACAACCUCAAUCACCUCAAAUUACUCCACCGUUAUCGACCUCACACCCAUUAUCAUCAUAUCGGACCCCAAGUUCAUCCAAUCCUCCCACAAAUGGGAACCAAUUCAUGAUGGGACAACAACAGUUUCCAUUUCCCAUGCCUAUGCCAAUGCAGAUGCCAAUGCCUAUACCGAUGACAAUGCCCAUGCCAAUGAAUUUCAAUGGAAUCCAAAUGCCGUUACAAGUUCCUUUGCAUAUGGCGAUGUCUAUGCCUGCUCAAAUGCCCAUGCAGAUGCCAAAUAUCCCCCUGCCAAUAUUUAUACGGUUGCCCAUCCCGUUAACAAAUGAGUAUAUGAACUACUUUAAUGAAAGUUUUAAGCAAAUGGGUGAGAUUAAUGGUUCCUCGGAAAUUGCUGAUCAGAUGGCUGAUGUUGGACCAUCCUGCAUGCCCAAUUACAUGCCUCAAAUGUUUCCACCUCAAUUAGGACCCUUUUUAUUCGGUUUACCUCAAUCUAUGAUGUAUCCAAGACCUGAUUUAGAAUCGCCAUUUCAUGUUGCACAGCCUUUAGCCAAGUGAAACUGAAUAUUAUGAAAACACCUGUUCGAAUUAACGUUAAGCUAAGAUUUGGUGGUUCAUCUAUCCGUAAGUUGUUCAAAAAGAGUUUCCGUUAAGAUGAAUCUACACCAACUUGGGAAAAUUAAUCGAGGCUAUUUAUUUUAAAAGAGAAAAUUUACUCAAACCAGCAGUCAGACAACAAAGACUAAUUUUGUAACCAGAAGAUUUGAGUCAUUUUUCUCUCAAAUCUUCUUAAUUGGUCUUUCACAGUUAAGCAUUUUUUUCUUUGUAAAUUUAUAUUUGUAAUUAGAAGUUUAAAGCAAUUACUAAUAUUUAAAUCAAAACUUUGAGAACUGAAUGUUCAAUGAAAAGAACUUAUAAAUCAGUAUACGAAAAGCACCGAUUAUUUUUACAGUUCAUUUUAAGUCACAUAAAUUAUUUAUACAUGUACACACUUCUUCUGUUUAUUUGCAUCUCAAAGACAUUUCAUUCCUCAUUAACCUGGUUAUUUCGACUUAACUCUUUGGUCCAAACUUCAAAGUCAUGAUUUCAACGGCCAAUUUAAGAAAGAUGCUCUGAGCUUAUCUGUAUUUACAUGAAAUCUUUAAUUUGAAUUACUAGAGAAGCAAAAAUACAAGCGACUUUUAUCUUUUACUGAA